GACAGCAACAAAAGCCAGCCCAUAGCCACUCUCUCUAUGCUUCUCUAGUUUCUAGCUGGAAAGUUUCUCUCAGUAAGCAGCAAGCUGAACCUGGUGUGGAGGUAGGUAGGAGGAUGGGAGGGAAGUCGUCCUUCUCCUUCUUCUGCCCGAUGUUCAGCUUCCUGUCGAGGUCGAGCUCGAGCUCGAGGUACGAUGACGGCUACAUGAGCGACUGGGAGGGCCGGCCGAGGUGCGGGAGCAAGGUGCGGUCCAGCGACGAGGACUCCGGCUGGUGGGUCGGCGAGCGCGACGUCGACCGCAAGGCCGCCGACUACAUCAACGACUUCCACCAGAAAAAGGUCUCCGGCCGCCUAGCGCCGCCAACCUAGGUGCCAUGCAUGCAACGCUCGCCAUGCAUGCAACCAUGUACCAGGGAUCCAGGACACGAAGGUUCUUGAAUGGUUCCAUUUGUUAUCAUGCAUGCAUGUAUGUGUUGAUUUAGAGGAGGGACGGACGAAUAACUUUUGCUUGGCAGAUGUAGAUCUCUGUGUUCGUGUCGAUCGUGUGUGCGCGUGCUUGGGGUGGAGGGGAUGACAGGGAUGCGUCACAGAUGUAUUUGUUGUUUGCCGCUAAAUUAAGCGAUGAUGAUGAAUGUAUAGUGUGUUUCCAUGCA